UCCUGUCCAAUCCAAUCGCGACACUCGCGCCAUCAUAGCUUUUGCUGGGGCGAUUGUUGUUAUUGUGUGCUGUCGUACUCUGCCCACAACUCCGUUCUUAAUUUGUAUGAUAAAAUAAUGCUUCGUGGAAACUACAGCAGCACUUUUAUCGCGAUGAGAGAAAUAUGAUGGAAGUGGAUCCUACUACAUCUUCAGAUCCAGGUGCUUUAUAUCGGGCACUUCCUCAGCCUGUUGUUCAGAUUUCGCGGUUGGACUUGAAUAAGUUGCCGUCUAACAACAACAAUGUCCACAAGGUCUCCAACCAAGGGCAAUCAUCUCACGCGAGGCCUCAAAAAUUACCCGCCAAAAUGUCUUCGGGACAAAACUCGAGCUCUGGUAGCCGUUCGGCUCAAAGUGCAGCACGCUCAGCACCUGUUGCUGUUGAGGAAAGUGACUGCGACGAAGAGGACCUCUACCUCGUUAGCAGAGCCUCGGUGCACAUUGCUAAAUUGAUGGAACAGUUCAAUUGCCUCAUGAAAAUUUACCAUGAUAAAAACGCCAACUUUCAAGUUGAGCUGAGCAAGCUCCUUCACGAGUUGAUGGUAAAAGUGGUCGCACCGUCGGAUGUUGCCGAUCCUUCCAGGGGCCUAAACUUUGGUCGCUUGGCACUGAUUCUUCAAGGAUCAACUACAAUUUACUCUAAGAAAGUGGAAUUCUUAGCAGACCUACUGACACAAUUCAUACUCCGCCUCUCCAGUGAAGUUGGCAAAGCAGCUGUUGGGCCGAUCGGAGGUGAUGAUGAUGCAGAGGAAGCCGCUAUUGAUGAUGAGUUGCAAAUUGAGAAAGCAGCGCAAGGGAAGCAGCAAGGACGCAGAAAGAAAGUGCAAAACACAAGUGCCACUCCGUUUGUUUUGUUGGAUCUCAAAAUUAAAAAGUGUGCUACAAGAAUGUCAUCAAUUAGGAAAAUUCAACUGAGGCCAAAGAUUUUCACUGUUCUCUUCUACAACGACCAGUGUGAUAAAGAUAAACAGCGAGUCACCACUCUCAAUCCAGAAUUGGCUGGAGAAACCACGUGCUACAGAAUGUGGGCUCCUCUGAAUGAAUCAAGGGGCUUGCUCAAUCCUGACUGCAAGGAUGAUGUUUACAUGAGGUUUGCUAGUUCAAAUUUUGAGACUGAAGUUGAAGAACCACUGAUUGUUGGAGAAGAAAAUCCGGAAAUGACUGAACCACCCGAAAUGCCAGUAGAAAAUUAUUCGGACACAGAAGAAUCUAUGGCCAAUGAUGAUUCACAGAAGUCUGAGAUCGCACCAGAUGAAACGGACCCUGUUAAUACAGAAGAUAGUUUUGAAGAAAAAGAAUUAAUGUUCAAUGACUCAACUGAUGAUCCAUGGAAAACACUUUCUCCUGGUGAUACAAUAGAAGACUUAAGACUGCAACCUCAACCUCCCAUACCAAAAUUCAAGUCUAGAGUUGAAUUAGAAAUAGAUGAAGCGUACUUCAGAACGUGGUACAAAGAGGCUAAAAAGACUCGUGGUUGUUUUGGCGAUGAAAACAUUCAUGAAGGUUUAGCAUUAGAAAAAGAGGGAAAACUGUUAGAUCAUGCAGAUGCUAAAUUCAAAAGAAAGCGAAUCGAUAUUGAUUCGGACAGGUCCUGUAAGAAAUUUGCCAGUACAAUAGAAGACCUCUUCGAGCAUCACGACAGUGAUGAUGAAGAUUUGUUGGGCUUCAGUGAUAACAAACCAAUUUAUCAAAUCACUACCUCCAAUCUGCCAAUACCAAAUAUGAGUGAAAUGGAAGACUGGUGCUCAGAACCAGAUUUGAACAAUGAUGGACCUGAAGGAUUGCUGUUUGAUCCUCCACCCUCUGACGAUGAAAAAAGUGAUGCCGAGUCAACCAUAGACUUUGUAAGUAUAAAGUAUAUGCAAAGUGAGAAGUAUCCCACUCAUGAAACGUUUUUUUUAUCAAAAUUGAAGCAACCAACUGAAGACCCCAAAGAGUCAGCUGCUCGCGUUGAUGCGUUCAUGAAAUUCAUGAAGCAACGUUUUGCUGAAGAUGAGCAGAAGCCAAAGUUUUCUUUUAAGUCAUACUGUGACACCAUUAUAGACACCUUUCCCCCUGGAGAUGAGAAGAAAGAGGAAAUCAAAGUUAAUUUCAAAGAGCUGUUGAGUGACACGUCUGCUGGACAAGACUGUGCUCGCCAGCUCUUAGCGACUCUUAUGUUGGCUAAUCUUAAAAAUGUUGAAGUUGAAGGAUGUGAAGAAGGUACUUUAGCUGGUGAAUCAUUUGAUGUCAGACUGCUCAACCGCACAAGACAUAUGACAACAUUUGAAGAAGACGAGCAGUUUAGCUAGAUUGUGUUUGGGGCUUUUGUGUUCACUUUCAGGGCUGAUGUUAUUUUAAUGCUUAGCUUUUUGUGAUUUUUGUUCUAAUUUAGUAGGGAAUUCACCAAAAUUUUCAGAUAGGUUGCAUAAUCUACUUUUUAUUAAUGCAGUGACUUCCUGGAGGUACAAGACUGACAUUUUGGUUUCUUUACUUCUAUAGUUAGAAUAGAAAUGCCAAGCACAUACUAGAACAUUAAAUUAUUACACCAUCAUUUUUGUGUUUGGCUGUUGACGAUUUUCAUUGAUCUAGUUCAGCAAGUUUGCGGCUAUUGGCGUUUAAGUUUUGUAUUCAGGAAGGUGCUGCAACUAAUUUAAUAUUCAGAUCAAAAAUCUAGCACAUUUCAAGGGAGAAUCCUGUUGCAAUGUCACUUUCCCUGGGUCAUCGUCAGCAUUUUUCUUAAUUCUGUGGUUUUCUUAUGGUUAGCACAAGGUUGUUACUAUCUAAUUACCUGUUGGAAAUUGUGUGUGCUUGCUAGUCGGGAAAUAACCAGAAGGAGAGCAAUAAGAAAUAUUAAUGUCUGGAUAAUUUUCUUAAUAUCUCCAUAAUUAAUUUAGAAGCAAUGAUUUUAGCUACUGACAUUCCUAAACUAUUUUUGCAUCAAGUUAAUGAAUGACUUGUUAUGUUGAAUUCCUCACUGUCCUAAUAAUAUAUCUGGGGUUCUUUGUCCACAUGAUUACAACAAUAAAUGAGUACAAAUCAAUUUUA